AUGCCGGGUACGACGACGAAGGACGCCGAAUCAAUAGAACCACAGUCCCUAAAACGAGCACUUGAUCUCCCUCCUCCUGUUCCCGAAGCGAAGAAGAUUCGUCUCAGCCAUAAGAUAAAAGUUGCUUUUGGAGGCGUGGAGCCUGUGAGCCAGACAGGAACCUCAAGUGCAAGUGUAUCCUCCUUGCAUGAAAGAAACUUCUCAACUUCGGCAUUAAUGGAGAGUACUAGAUGGCCUCGCCCAGAGUGGCAUGCACCAUGGAAGAAUUACAGGGUCAUUCAGGGGCACUUGGGUUGGGUCAGAUCUGUCGCCUUUGAUCCCAGUAAUAAAUGGUUUUGUACUGGUUCAGCUGAUCGUACCAUCAAGAUGUGGGAUGUUGCAACUGGAGUUCUGAAGCUAACACUUACUGGUCACAUCGACCAAGUACGAGCCCUUGCUGUAAGCAACCGACACAAAUACAUGUUCUCCGCUGGUGAUGACAAGCAAGUCAAAUGCUGGGACCUUGAGCAGAACAAGGUUAUCCGGUCUUAUCAUGGUCACUUGAGUGGAGUCCAUUGCUUAGCUCUUCACCCGACUGAAGACGUUUUACUAACCGGAGGGCGAGACUCUGUCUGCAGGGUGUGGGAUAUUCGCACCAAGAGGCAGAGGUUUGCACUCACGGGACAUGACAACACCGUUUGUUCUGUUUUCACUCGUCCAACACACCCACAGAUUGUAACUGGAUCUCAUGACACGACUAUUAAAUUCUGGGACCUUCGAUAUGGCGGCAAAGCUAUGACGACUCUAACACAUCACAAGAAAUCUGUCCGAGCAAUGACCCUUCAUCCUAAAGAGGAUGCGUUUGCUUCUGCGUCAGCUGACAACACUAAAAAAUUUAGCCUUCCAAAAGGAGAGUUUUGCCACAACAUGCUGUCGCAGCAGAAAACCAUAAUUAACGCAAUGGCGGUGAACGAGGAUGGUGUAAUGGUCACUGGAGGUGAUAAUGGAAGCAUAUGGUUCUGGGACUGGAAGAGUGGUCACAGUUUCCAACAGUCACAAACUAGUGUACAACCUGGUUCACUGGAGAGUGAAGCGGGUAUAUACGCAGCGUGUUAUGAUCAGACAGGUUCACGACUGGUAACAUGCGAGGCUGAUAAGACGAUCAAGAUGUGGAAACAAGAUGAGAAUGCAACUCCAGAAACUCACCCUGUCAAUUUCAAACCACCCAAGGUGAUUAGGCGCUUCUGA